UGCGCAACCACGCGAAGGUCAGCCACUUCCGAAUCUGCAAGAGCCCCGCGGGCAGCCUCUACAUCCAGAAGGGACAUCCCUUCCCCGACAUGGAGGAGCUCCUCGCCUUCUACACCGAGCACUGGAAGGUCAUCCAGAGCCCCUUGCUGCAGCCCUGCAGCCCCGCGACCCCCCCUGAGAGGGACGGCUGGGAACGCCCACGCUGGGAGUUCACCCUGCGGAGGAAGCUGGGCGAGGGCUACUUCGGAGAGGUGUGGGAAGGACUGUGGAGGAACACGGUGCCGGUGGCCAUUAAGAUCAUAAAAGCUGACAUGAAGGCAGAAGACUUCACCAAGGAGAUUCAGAACCUGAAGCGCCUGAGGCAUGAGAAGCUGAUCCAGCUGCACGCUGUCUGCUCGCUGGAUGAGCCUGUGUACAUCAUCACUGAGCUCAUGCGGAAAGGCAACCUCCACAGCUACCUCAACAGUCCUGAAGGGAAGUCCCUGGGCACCUCCCACCUGCUCAACAUCGCCUGCCAAGUGGCCGAUGGGAUGAGGUACCUGGAGGAGAAGCACAUCGUCCACCGAGACCUGGCAGCCAGAAACAUCCUGGUGGGAGAGGAGCUCACCUGCAAAAUCGCUGAUUUUGGACUUGCACGGCUCCUCAAGGAUGACAUUUACUCCACCAGCAGCAGCACCAAAAUCCCGGUGAAGUGGACAGCCCCAGAGGCAGCCAACUACCGCACCUACUCCCUCAAGUCCGAUGUCUGGUCCUACGGGAUUCUGCUCUAUGAAGUCUUCACGUAUGGACAGAUCCCGUACGAAGGAAUGACGAACCAAGAAACCGUACGGCAAAUCACCAGGGGCUACCGCCUUCCCCGGCCCAGCUCCUGUCCUCCCGAGAUCUACAGCAUCAUGCUGGAGUGCUGGAGCGGCAACACAGAGGAGCGCCCUACCUUCCUGGCCCUGCAGGAGAAGCUGGGCUUCAUCUACAGACGGCUGCUCAGCUCCCUCUCCUGA